AAAACUAUUCGCGCCCUUAAAAUAUUUGCUUGACAACGAACAGGUUUUGUCAAUCUUGCUUCACUUUAUGAAAUUUUAUUUUAUUAAACUAUAUUUAUUUAAUAAUUAUUUUUAAAUGGCUGGGCUACCAAAACUGCCAGGAUUUAAUUUCCAGGACCCUACGAUUUCAAAAUUUCACCGAUCACAGACAUUUAAUAUUUGCAAUGGAUAUAAACAACCAAAAAUUGACUAUAGUGGCAUAGGUGGAAGAGAAUUGACGGCACAUUCUGUAAAAUAUUCAGGAAAAUCGGAUCCGAUCCGUUACGAUCCUUCCCUUACUUAUGGCAGAUGUAAAACUAAACCCUUUCCACAGUUUCUACCGCAUUUUGCGCUUUAUGAUCAAAAAUGUCUUACUUUUAAGGCAUUUUUUAAACAGUCUGUAGUUGAGUCACCUCACGAGUUUUACAGAGUCAGGCCUGUAAAUAUAAUUUAUUUUCUGGAGGAUGACACGAUUUGCGUUAUUGAACCUAGGGUAGCGAAUAGUGGCCUACUACAAGGGAAACUGGUGAAAAGGAGCAAAAUUCCGAAAUACGAAGAUGGAAGUUAUUGGCACUGGAAAGAUUUUCAAGUUGGCAAAGACUUGGCAUUUUAUGGUAUAGUUUACCAUACAGUAGAUUGUGAUUUGUUCACGAGGGAAUACAUGAAAAGUCAAGGUUUAGAUAUGGCCGACCCUGAAGAAAUGCCUUAUGAUCCUUACACUUUUAACAGACAGUUGCAAGUCAUACCAAAGGUGACGAAGACGCCACCAGCGGAUGAUAAGUUUAGGAGAUUUUUGGAAUAUGAUGGCAAAGUUCUUAGAUUCAAGGCAGCCUGGGACGAUCGUGAAAACGAGUAUGGAGAUAUCAUGAAAUUUGAAAUAUUGUAUUUUCUUUCUGAUGACACUGUGGCGGUGAAAAAUGUCCAGGAAGAGAACAGUGGAAGAGAUCCCUAUCCAGUACUUUUAAGAAAAAUGAAACUUCCUAAGAUUUACACCGAUAGCCCCGUGACUUACCCAGCAAUCUACUUAGAAAAAACUGAAAAUGAAGUAACCGAAUACUAUCAGCCAAAAGACUUUUUAGUGGGCAACACAAUCUUUGUUCUCGGCCGUGAUAUGCUUUUAUAUGAUUGCGACAAAUUCACCAGGGACUACUUCAGAAAUGCACUCGGCAUCGAACAAAAGCCUGCAAUAUCAGUUAAUGUUGAAAAACCUGAAACGCCUGCUCCUCAGGUUCCACCUCACGACGGUUUGGGUAGUUUGGAAGAUUCUCUUCAAAAUACAUUAACAUUCAUGCCAAAACCGCCCAGAAAAGAUGUAAUGAAGCAAAUUGUAAAUGCCAACAAAUAUCUGAGAUUUGAAAUGAAGAUGGACGCGGUGCAUCCAGAAGACACAAUUCGCAGGUUUAUAUUGUUUUAUUCAUUAGCAGACGGCACAUGUAAGAUCCAAGAACCUCCCAUUAAAAACUCAGGAAUUCUUGGAGGAAAAUAUCUGAGAAGCACUUUAUUGGUGAAGCCAGAGUCCGACCCCCUAAAUCCAGAACUUUACACUCCAGCAGAUUUUUACAUUGGGGCGACUAUUAUCGUUUUUGGACAAAGAUUUAUUAUAACCGGAGCCGAUUUGUAUGUAUAUCGGUACAUGCAAGAAAAUUCCAGUAAGUUCCCAUGUGAGGUCAUAGAAAGCAUGAGAAAUUGGAUGUUUAACCAAGGAUACCUGAAAGAUGAUGUGGAGGAUUUGACUAAGGAUAAACUAGAUGCUAAGAAAGUGUAUGAUGAAAGUAUAGAAGAAAGAAAGCAAACUGAUAUGGAAAAAUGCAUGCAGGAACUUAAAGUUGGAGGAGGAGCGCAUGAUCCUGAAGUUGAAGAAGCUAAGAAACAGAAAAUUCUACAAGAAUAUGAAGAUUCAAUCAAGCAUACUUAUAAAGUACCUGCACAUGGUAUUUUACCAGUAAAAACCGAUUGUGCUUAUCCUGUAUAUAUUGGGGAAGCCAAAGAUUUAUCUUGUACUGAAGAUAUUGAAGGUAAAUAUACGUCCUAUACCCCAAAGCACAUCGAUACUCCGGAAGAGAUUCGUCAAAAGUACUACGCGGGAGUGCUGAAACAACAUCAAGAUGUCUGUGACGGAAGGUACCCCGUUGAAUGCAGCGAACCUCCUUCGAAAGAACCCGAUCCUUGCGCGAAACAAGAGGAAAAAUCUGGACCUUUGAUGGUGAGCCCGCCAGUGAUACCUCCCGGAGCAUGCAAGAUUGAUAAGAAGAAAGUUGUGAGGUUCAGUGAAGAAAGUAGAUGCACCACCGAUAGAAAUGACCUUUGUAGACUGAAGGAAGAGAUAACUCAUUGUGACUGUACCGAUUAUAAAGAAGAAUGUCCAUGAUGUUUAUACUCUAUACUAUACUUUAAUAAAUUUUAUCAAUUAAAUACA